AAACACCCAGUAUUAGCAUAUAGCCCGGUAGCAUUAGCAAACGAGGAAACGCUGCUCCGUGCAUUGGAGCUCCGUCGAGUUCAUAAUCUAAAUCCUAUUUUCUUACUAUCUCGUUCCUAUCUAUAUAAUAUAACGUACUAGUUUAUCUUAGGAAUACUUUACCGUGACGACUUUUGAACAGUAUUAAUAAGUAAAACGAUCUAUCACUAGUAAACACCUAGUGCUAGCAUAUAGCCCACUAGCAUAAACAAACGUGCCGGUUGAAGUUAGCACUUGCUCACUGUCUGUUUACUGUAAAUCUGCCUUUUUCGAUCUAAUGGCGGACUCAUCCGAUGUAUGUUUUUCAGACCUUUCCUCACCAGAGCGGGAAGCUGUGGAGGAGUUGUGUCCCGGCAUUAGCACCAGGCGGUACAGCAUGCCUCACAUCACCCUGGCUCCAGGCACCCGGAGACGACCGAGGCACGCAACGAGCGAGCACCCAUCUCGAUGCAGCUUCACGGACCGCUGUCUGGCGAACGGAGACGCCAUCGCCCAGCAUGAAAACGGUAAGACUCCGCUUGUCAUUGUAACCUGCACUACUUGCCACAUGUACAGUUUAGCUUCUUCCGUCAGCAUAGAGGGGUUUACAUGUGCUAAGUGUAUUGAAGUAGUAAGAAUGACGGAGAAGGUUGCAGAACUAGAAGCGCGCAUCCGAACGCUAGUUGAGGACAGUAAGACCGCUAAUGUUAAUGUUACAAACACUGUUUCGGGUGCGCCUAGUGUUAAACGUAAUACACAUGGCUCGGUUCCGACUUCAGAGUCAAGGCGGCUGACUAACUGGGUGACUGUCAGGCGGCCUAGUCGCAUUCGGCAUCCAAAUCACGUUCCUGUUUUAAUAUCAAACAGAUUUUCUCCACUCAGCAAUACACCGGCUGAGACAUCUGUUAAAGGUGCCCUGGUUAUUGGAGAUUCUAUACUCAGGAACGUUGGCAUUGAGGCACCAGCCACCAUAGUCGAUUGUAUACCGGGAGCCAGAGCGUCUGACAUUAGAUCCAAACUUAAAGUGCUGGCUAAUGCUAACCGUAAGUUUUCUAAGAUUGUUAUUCACGCCGGCACGAAUGACACCAGACUCCGCCAGUCGGAGAUCACAAAAGAUACUAUUAAAGAGGUGUGUGAAAUUGCAAAAACAAUGUCAGACAAUGUAAUUUGCUCUGGUCCCCUCCCCGCCUACCGGGGGGAUGAAACUUACAGUAGAUUAGUGUCUCUUCAUGGCUGGAUGUCAAAGUGGUGCCCUCAGCAUAACGUAGGGUUUAUAGACAAUUGGAAGCAUUUCCGGGGAAGACCUGACCUGCUAAAGAGAGAUGGCCUCCAUCCGUCUCCGGAAGGAAGUGCUGACCAAUAGUCUUACUUUUGAUAUUGUCUGACUAUCCAGGGCCCAGGUCAGGAAACAGACAGAUCGGCUUACCCAUCAGUCUGUUAGCUGCCUUGACAUGUCAAGAUCACAUAUAUCCCAGCACAUAGAGCCUUUUUUAACAGAGUACCAACACAUCUCGACUGUGUCUGUUCCUCGAACAAAUAAAUACAGAGCACCGUUUACCUCGUCUCGCACAAAUCUUAUUAACAUAAAACAAGAACAUAAUACAUUAACAGAUGAAACUCAAAUGUUAAAAUUCGUCCUUCUUAACAUUAGAUCACUUACCAACAAAGAACCAAUUAUCAAUGAAAUAAUUACUGACCAAAACUUAGAUGCACUCUGUUUAACAGAAACCUGGCUUAAAGCAGACGAUUACACCAGUUUAAACGAAUCCACCCCACAAGACUAUUAUUAUAAACAUGUUCCUUGUCUAAUAGGGAGAGGGGGUGGUGUAGCUACAAUAUACAAUAAAAUAUUCAAAGUAAACCAUAAAUCCAACCUAAAAUUUAAUUCGUUUGAAAUAAUACUGUUAAAUAUGGAAAUAACUGAUCGCAACAACAAACGACUUUCGUUCAUUUUAGCUACCAUAUAUAGGCCUCCAGGCCACCACACAGAUUUUCUUAAAGAAAUAGCAGACUUCCUAUCUGAGCUUACAGUCACUGUAGAUAAAGCUCUUAUCGUUGGUGAUUUUAAUAUCCAUGUGGAUAAUCCAAAAGAUGCAUUAGGACGUGCGUUUAUGGAUGUUCUAAAUUCUCUCGGCAUUAAACAAAACGUGUCAGGGCCCACGCAUACUCGUAAUCACACACUAGACUUAAUUCUGUCACUCGGACUCAAUAUUAAUGACAUCGAAAUAUCACCCCAGAGCGAUGCCGUUUCAGACCAUUGCCUUGUCUCAUGCACAAUACUUCUAGAUAGGACCGCUCAGUCUACAACAUGCUACAGAUUAGCCAGAACAAUAAUUUCCACCACUAAAGAUAGCUUUAUUAGCACUCUUCCAGACCUGUCCCAAAUGAAACAUGUAGCAGAUAAUCGUGAAGAUCUAGAUAUUAUAAUAGAAAACCUGAACAACGUCUGCUCUAGCACGUUGGAUGCCGUUGCUCCCAUUCGAAAAAAGAGAAUCAAAGAAAAACCGCCAGCUCCAUGGUAUGACCAUCAUACUGCAGCCCUUAAAAAAGUAGCUAGAAAAAUGGAAAGAAACUACCGAAGCACAAAGUUAGAGGUAUGGCGUUCAGCAUGGAAAGAGAGUGUUCAACACUACAGACAGGCUAUUAAAACUGCCAGAUCUACCUAUCUCAGUACGCUUAUUAAAGAAAAUCAUAACAACCCUCGUUUUCUAUUUAGCACAGUUGCGAAACUGACUAGAAACAAAGAACAAACAGAAACCAAUAGUAAACUCCAACACAAUAGUGACGACUUCAUGAACUUCUUUACUAACAAAAUUAUGUUUAUUAGGGAAAACAUAGAAACUAUGCAAGCAGCCAUCACUCUACCCAAUAGUACAUUUUCCACUAGAUUACCAAACGAACAUCUUGAGUCAUUUAAUCCUACUACAAUAGAAGAGCUCUCUAAACUAGUAACGUCAUCCAAAUCAUCGUCCUGUAUACUAGACCCCGUUCCCACAAAAUUACUAAAAGAGGUAUUUCAUGUAGUGGCAGACACUGUACUUAAUAUCUUUAACUCAUCUCUAGAAUUAGGAUACGUUCCAACAGCUUUCAAACUAGCAGUUAUUAGACCGCUCAUUAAAAAGCAAAACCUUGACCAGGGAGAUCUUAAUAACUUUAGACCAAUCUCAAAUCUACCUUUUCUUUCUAAAAUAUUAGAAAAAGUAGUGGCAAGCCAGCUACGCACAUUCGUAGAAAAUAAUAAUACAUAUGAAAAGUUCCAAUCAGGAUUCAGGCCCCACCAUAGCACAGAGACAGCGCUGCUUAGAGUUACAAAUGACCUCCUAUUAACAUCCGAUCGUGGUGAAAUCUCAAUCCUUAUAUUACUAGACCUUAGUGCAGCCUUUGACACAAUAGAUCACACAAUCUUACUCAAUAGACUAGAAAACUAUGUUGGCAUCAGUGGUCAGGCGUUAGCCUGGUUCAGAUCGUAUCUAACCAAUCGAUAUCACUUUGUUUAUGUAAAUGAGGAAGAGUCAUAUCACUCCCCCGUUAAAUACGGCAUACCUCAGGGAUCAGUUCUAGGCCCUAUCCUAUUCUCGUUAUAUAUGUUACCUCUAGGAGACAUUAUCAGGAAACAUAACAUAAGUUUUCACUGCUAUGCGGAUGAUACCCAGCUUUACAUCUCGUCGCAUCCUAGCGAAACCAACCAGUUUUCUAAGCUAACAGACUGCAUUAGUGAUAUUAGGGACUGGAUGGCACAAAACUUUCUUAUGCUAAACUCCAAUAAAACAGAGAUACUUAUUAUUGAACCGAAUCGCUACAAACAUAAUAUGUCAGAUUACAAGUUGCCCAUAGAUGGCUGCACGGUGGUGCCAUCUUCCACGGUUAAGAAUUUAGGCGUAAUGUUCGACAGCAAUCUAUCUUUUGAUAGUCAUAUCGCCAACAUCUGCCGCACAGCAUUCUUCCAUCUUAGAAAUAUCUCAAAAAUACGCCAUAUGCUGUCUGCAUCAGACGCAGAAAAGCUUAUACAUGCUUUUAUGACCUCUAGAAUAGACUAUUGUAACUCGUUACUCAGGGGAUGCCAUGCAAAUCAGGUAAACAAGCUACAGCUGGUUCAAAACGCCGCCGCAAGAGUGCUUACUCGAUCUAAAAAGUAUGACCACAUCAGUCCAAUUCUGGCAUCUUUACACUGGCUACCAGUUAAAUAUCGUAUACAAUUUAAAAUAUUACUAAUCACCUACAAAGCCUUAAAUGGCCUAGCGCCUUCGUAUAUUAAAGAACUACUAUCAGAAUACAAUCCAUCACGUAAACUGCGCUCACAAAAUUCUGGUCACUUAAUUAUCCCUAGAAUAUCAAAAGUGUCUAAAGGUGGUAGAUCCUUUUCCUACUUAGCCCCUAAGCUCUGGAAUGAUUUACCAAACAAUGUUCGAGUAUCAGACACAGUCGAUCAAUUUAAAUCUAAACUUAAGACAUUCUUCUUUAACAAAGCAUUCACAUAAAAUGUCCAGUAAAUGUACAUUUCCCGCAGUAGUUAGUUUGUCCAGAACAAAGCACUCACAUACCUCAUAUGGGUAAUAUACUUAUGCCGCAAUAGUUAGCCUGUCUGGAACCGAGCCGACUUGAACCACUAUAAUGUUUGACACUUGCAUUGCAUGCGAACGGCCCCUACGCUAAUAGAAUUCUGUUUUUCUCUCCCUGUCUCGUCCUCAACCACGAGGACCAUGAGACAAACAGACCCAGUUCCGGUUGCCGUGAAGAUCAUUGCAUCACUGAUCCACUGGCUGUCCUUCAACGUGAUGACCAGCCGAUGCCCGACCAACGACCACCGGCUAAACCAGUUUAAUUCGCUUACCCGCCUCCUAUCCCUACCAUUUCUAUAUAUAUAUAUAUAUAUAUAUAUAUAUAUAUAUAUAUAUAUAUAUAUAUAUAUAAAUAUAUAUUAAUUCCUCCCAAGGGUUUUUGUCCUUCUAGGACUUUUUCCCAUUGGGUUUUUUUUCCUAGAGGGUUUUUAAUCCCAGGGAGAGUCAGCCAACUUUGGCUUAAUUUAGCACUUUACAGCAUACGUUACUUUAUUAAUAUGCUCGCUUGUACGGUUUAACCGCUUUCUCUACUUCUUAUAUUAUCUAUUGAUUUUCUGUGUUCUCCUCUACAUCUUCUCAUGUAAAGCUGCUUUGCAACAAUUAACACUUGUGAAAAGCGCUAUAUAAAUAAAAUUGAAUUGAAUUGAAUUGAAUAUAGUGACAUUAUAACAAACAAUGUUAUGAGAUAAUGCAAUGUACACAAUUAACUUUGUCAUGGCAUUUUGUAAUGUUUACUUGUGAUUUAGCUGCAAUCAUGUAAAAACAUUAUAAGCUAGCAAACGUGGUACUUUAUUAUUAUAUGCACUCUACACUUGGAAUAAACUUCUUAUUAUCCUAUUACCAUCAUCUGUAGUUUAGUAGACUAUGCAGUAGCCUAAUAUUUGUAUGAAAUUGUGAAACAUUACCUGGUCAUUAUCUUUGGAGUACUAGAGUGGGAAAAUUACGACAGUUGCAAGUAUUCUCCAGCGACUCUAGGGGUCGCUGUUUGACAAAAACGCCGAAUUGCAUAGAGCGGCUUUAAGAAGGCCGAAUUUUAACAUUGGAGGUUCAUCUGUAAACGUAUUGUUUUCAAAUUUUAUGUUAGUAAGAUGUAAUGGUUUUGUUCUGUGUUUACUUGUGUUCUGUGUAUUUUUGUAUUUUGGACUUUUAUUUUGACAUCCUGUUCUGUUCUGGCUUUUAUUUUGAAAUACAUCCUGCCAUGUUUCACUUCACACUUCCUGUCUGUUUGUAUAAAGCCACUUCCUGUACUCCAGUUCAAUGCUGAUUAUUACAUCGCCACAUCUAGUCUGUAUCUGCAUCUGUUUAUCUGUUACCUGUUUAUCUGUAUCUGUUCCUGUUUUUUGACCUGUGCCUGUUAUCUGGAUUUUGCCUGUACUGCCGCCUGCCCUGACACUUUGCCUGUAUUUUGGAUUACGUUUGUUGGAUUAACCCUGUUUGGAUUUGGUUGCUGGCCCUUUAUGGGAUUUUACUUAAUAAACACCUUUUGCAUAUGGA